CCCCCCCCCCUAGCCACAAAGCCCAACAUAUGAUUCCCCGACUUUAUCGUAAGUUGCUUAGUAUUCUCAAAAGUUGAUCUCUCUCCGCCUAUCGUCUUCCGCCUACGCUUUUCUUCCAUUCGACCUUUUUUAUUUUUUUACGUGGCCGGCCCACACCAUAUAUAUAGUUAUUCGACGCCAAUUCUUUAUUAAUAAUAGCACUGUUCCGACGACGACGACGACGAUAACGCCAAGAUGACUCAAAUCACCCUCCGCCCGCUCUUCAGCCUCCUCGUCCUCCUGCUCUCCCUCUGCGCCUUCGCCGUAGCCGACGCAGCAACACCCGACCUCGCACCGCGACAAGACGCCGGCGCGAGCACCACCACCGCCGCCAUCGCCGCCGCCGCCCCCACCGGCAACCCCAACUCCCCGCUGUGCGUCGACUACGCGCGCGUGGCGAACCUGUCCACCGUCGCCCUGAACAUCACCUACCGCGCCGCCUUCAUGCGCUCCUCGCCCCUGGGCACCUUCGCCGCCCGCAGCAUCAUCGACGCCGAGAAGCCCAAGCUCGCCGGCAUGAUGAUGGACGCCCAGCUCAACGGCGCGUGCGGGAACCUGUCGCAGGCCGCCAUCGACGGCGCCGCUGCCAACCUGACCGCUGGCUUUGUCCUCGGUCUGCCCAUCCAGGAGGCCGUCGGCAUCGAGGUCCUCAGUCCUGUGCUCCCCAUCAUUUCCGUCGCCAUGAUCCUGAUCAUGGGUGGCACGUUCAUCUCGUUAUAAAAGAAAGAAAAGAACCGGUCGUGUCAAGAAAUUAGGGAGUCCGUGAAGAGGAGACGCCGCGCAUGGGUAUUUUGACCUGCGCAAGGGAAUCUCGGUGCAUCAGAUAUGGGCCAUGAUUUGAUGUCAAGAGAAAGAGAGAAAGAUACCUACCUAGCUAGUACGAAGAGAAGCGUCGGAACGCUGUUUUAAUGAACUCGAACUUAUCCUUGAUAUAUGUGCGUGUAUUGAGCUACUCAAACUACUUGAUUGGAAAUAUAAUGCCCGAGACAGUUCCGCCAUUGAAUACAUUGAUUGAAAUUAUGACCGUCUGGUAGG